UGCUCUUUUCUUGAGAGAAAUGAUAUCUUAUAGGUGUUAUUCGAUUGCAAUUUUAUGGUUUUUAGCAUUGAAUAAUGGAGGUUUGUUGUUGCUCUCUAAUGGAGGAACUACAAGUUCUUUUAUUAGAAAUGAAGAAAAAAGCAUAGACAUGCCUUUUGAUAGUGAUGUCUUUCAUGCCCCUUCCGGCUAUAAUGCACCUCAGCAGGUUCAUAUAACACAAGGUGAUCAUGUGGGAAAAGCUGUGAUAGUGUCAUGGGUAACGAUGGAUGAACCGGGUUCAGAUACGGUUUUUUAUUGGCCCCAAGAUAGUACCCAAAAAAACCAAACCAAAGGCCAAAUGUACACUUACAAGUACUACAACUACACUUCUGGUUACAUCCAUCAUUGCACCCUCAAAAACUUAGAGUUUAAUACUAAAUACUAUUAUGAGGUUGGCGUCGGGCACACGACAAGAACAUUUUGGUUUGUGACACCUCCGGAAGUCGGUCUCGAUGUGCCCUACACUUUUGGAAUCAUUGGGGAUCUUGGUCAAACAUACGAUUCAAAUCGCACACUUACACAUUAUGAAAUGAACCCUGUGAAAGGGGAGACGGUGUUGUAUGUUGGUGAUUUGUCUUAUGCUGAUCAUUAUGAGUUCCAUGAUAACCGAAGAUGGGAUACUUGGGGAAGGUUUGUCGAAAGAAGCGUAGCAUAUCAACCUUGGAUUUGGACAGCUGGAAACCAUGAGCUUGAUUAUAGUCCCCCCAUAGGUGAAAAGAAGCCAUUUAAGCCUUUUCUCCAUCGAUAUCAUGUCCCCUUUGAAGCAUCUGGGAGCACAGAACCCCUUUGGUACUCAAUCAAGAGAGCUUCGGCAUAUAUCAUUGUAUUAUCUUCAUAUUCAGCAUAUGGCACAUACACUCCACAGUACAUGUGGCUCAUUGAGGAACUACCGAAGGUUAAUAGAAGCGAAACUCCAUGGUUGAUUGUUCUUAUGCAUUCUCCAUGGUACAAUAGCAACACGUACCAUUACAUGGAAGGCGAAACCAUGCGAGUUAUGUUUGAAUCAUGGUUUGUUAAAUACAAGGUGGAUGUUGUAUUUGCCGGUCAUGUUCAUGCAUAUGAACGUUCGGAACGCAUAUCCAACAUUGCUUAUAACAUUGUGAAUGGGGAAUGCACUCCUGUCCACGACCAAAAUGCCCCUGUGUACAUCACAAUCGGAGAUGGAGGGAACAUCGAAGGACUAGCAACCUAUAUGAUGGAGCCACAACCAAAAUAUUCUGCAUUUAGAGAAGCUAGUUUUGGUCAUGCAACAUUUGAGAUUAAAAAUCGAACACAUGCUUAUUACAGUUGGCAUCGCAAUGUUGACGGGUAUGCUGUUAAAUCGGAUUCCAUGGUGUUUUUCAAUAGACAUUGGUAUCCAAAGAAUGAAUCUAUAUGUCAAACUUAAAGCGAAGUGGUGGUUCCUUUUUGAUUUUUCGGUACAUAAACAAUAAGUUUGGGUGUUUGAAUUAUGA